GGCAAACAACCAUUUACACAGUCUUGAAAGUUUACUGUCAAUGUACUGAGCAGUUCUGUACUUCAAAAUGCAGACAUACCUUCUUUCCCAGCUAUUUAAUGGUAGCUAUUUGGCAGAAGACUUCACAACUUGUCCAGAAAAUGCUACUAUUUGUGAUGGGACAUCUUGUGUAUUACCAGAAGAUAAUUUUAAUCAAACUUUGAGUGUAGUUUUAAGUACUGUUCUAACAAUUAUGCUGGCUUUGGUGAUGUUCUCCAUGGGCUGCAAUGUGGUACUUAAGAAUUUCUUGCACCACAUAAAAAGACCCUGGGGUAUUUUUGUCGGUUUCCUUUGCCAGUUUGGAAUUAUGCCUCUCACAGCCUUCUUGCUAUCUUUGGCCUUUAACAUCCUUCCUAUUCAAGCUGUCGUGGUGCUGAUCAUGGGAUGCUGUCCAGGAGGCACAGCCUCCAAUGUCAUUUGCUAUUGGGUGGAUGGAGACAUGGACCUAAGUAUCAGCAUGACAGUUUGCUCCACACUGCUUGCAAUGGGAAUGAUGCCACUUUGCCUCUUUAUUUACACCAAGAUGUGGACUGAUUCUGAUGCAAUUGUACUCCCCUAUAACAGCAUUGGAACUUCUCUGCUAGCACUCGUAAUUCCUGUUUCCCUUGGAAUAUUUGUUAACUACAAAUGGCCUAGUAAAGCAAAAAUCAUACUUAAGGUCGGUUCCAUUGUGGGAGCAAUACUCAUUGUGCUCAUUGCUGUGGUUGGGGGAAUACUCUACAAAGGCUCCUGGGUUAUCACACCCAAAUUAUGGAUCAUUGGCACCAUAUUUCCAGCAGCUGGCUAUUCUUUAGGAUUUCUGUUGGCUCGCUUAGCUGGUCUGUCUUGGCAAAGAUGUCGUACAGUGUCUCUGGAAACAGGCAUGCAAAAUACUCAGCUAUGUUCAACUAUAGUACAACUCUCAUUCACUCCUGACCAACUUGAACUGAUGUUUACUUUCCCACUCAUCUACAGCAUUUUCCAGCUGUUAUUUGCACUGCUAAUUUUAGGAGGGUACCGUCUUUACAGAAGAUUCCGUGUCAAAACAAAGACAGAUGUCGAGAAAACUGAGCAAAAAGAGGAUUCAACAUCAAAUGCUAAAAUAAAUGGAGGAUUUGUAUCAAAUGAGACCAAAUAGACACUUACCUCUGCUCCCACUAGCUGGAAAGAUAUAAAAUAUGUGGUUUACUUAAAACUUUUUUUUUACAUGCUGUUGGUUUAUGGAAAUAUUUAACAAAAGAGGUUCUGCUGAUAUUUUACAGUAAGAUUUUAAAAUUAACUUAAGAAAGAUUUCUACUUUGAUUUCGAGCAUGGUUCCUGCCACAAUUGUAGAAUGUGGUUUUGAAGCUAAUUCUUCAAAAAUAUGUAAUGUUUUAUUCUGGCUUAUUUAAAGAAAGGCAGAAUAAAG